GAAUGGCUUCAGGAGUUGGCAAUGUCCUACAAAGCUCAGAGCAGCUCCCUCUGUUCGGCAGCUGAGCUGCUUCAAUCCCCACAACAACCCUCUCUCUUUCUCUCUCUUCCCUUAUCCCUUCAGUCACCUACAAUUUCACCGCGUUUCCCUUCGAAUCCACUUCCUCCAAUGCCGAGAGCAGCGCAGGGGAAUUAGGGGAAGAUGCCGCUCGUCAGGGUGCAGGUCAAGAGCGAAUUCGGGCUUGGAAAGCCCCAUCUCUACAAGGAGGCCAAUAAUGAAGAUCCCAAAGCUGUGCUUGACGGUGUAGCCGUUGCUGGCCUCGUUGGGAUCUUGAGGCAGUUGGGUGAUCUUGCGGAAUUUGCGGGGGAGGUUUUUCAUGGCUUGCAAGAACAGGUGAUGGCAACAGCUUCCAGGAGCCGCAAUGUGAUUGCUCGUGUCAAACAUAUUGAAGCUGCCCUUCCUUCCCUAGAGAAGGCAAUACUAGCUCAAACAAGUCACAUUCAUUUUGCUUACACAGCUGGUUCUGAGUGGCAUCCUCGUAUUCAAACAGACCAAAAUCACUUCAUCUAUCAUGAUUUGCCACGAUUUAUUAUGGAUUCCUAUGAAGAAUGUCGUGAUCCUCCACAACUUCAUUUGCUCGACAAAUUUGAUACGGGGGGUCCUGGAUCUUGUUUAAAGCGUUAUUCAGAUCCAACAUUCUUCAGAAGAAUAUCAACCUCAGGAAAAGUAAGCUUGGAGAAGGUUCGAAGUGAUAAAAAGGCUCAAAAGAUCAAGAGAAAACGAUCAUUGAUGCGCAACAGAGAAGUGACAUGUGGUGCAUCAAUUCCCAGUUUUAAUAGCAGCUUGCAGUAUAACUCCAUUUCCAAUGAAGUAGCUUCCUUUUCUCAAACUGCUACAGCUGAUAUAAGGAUGAAAUCAGAUGCUGGGGAGUCUUCAAAUUCUUUUGAUUCCGGAACUGGGUCGCGAUAUACCGGAAGUGUUACGAAAUUAGAUUCUUCCUUGCAAACUAAAGAACAGGAAUUUAGGGAAUCUUCAAAUUCAAGCAUGAUGCAGUUUAAUGAUGCUGUUGAUUCACUUGCCUCAGAUGAACAAAGUAGGAUGGUAGAUGAUAAAUUUCAAUUUGAAUUAGAUGAUCCAAUUGAUUUGAGUUUCUGUUCUCAUGUCACAUGGGAUGAAAAGGCAGAAAUAAUGAAGCCCAGGAAUCAGCAAGAUAGUGUAGAAAAGAUAGAAAUGUUGCAGCCAAUAGGUCAACAGGAUGUUAGAGAUAUGGGUGAAAUUAUGCAGCCGAGAACCGGAAAGGAUGUCGGAGAAAUGGAAGAAAUUAUACAGCCAAGGUCCCAACAGGAUGUUAGAGAAAAGGAAGAAAUUGUGCAGCCAAGGACUCAAAAGAGAGUAAGAGAAAUAGCUGCAAUGUUGGAGAAAAAGUCCCGACGGGAUGUUACUGAAAUGACAGAAGUUGUGCAGCCAAGGACUGAAAAGGGUGUUAGAGAAAGGGCAGAAAUUGUGCAGCCAAGGUCCCAACAGGAUGUUAGAGAAAUGGCGGAACAUGUGCCGCCUAUGGCUCGAAACGAUGUCAGAGAAAUGGACGACAUUGUGCAGCCAAGGUCCCAACAGGAUGGUACAGGAAUGACAGAAAAUCUGCAGCCAAGGACUCAAAAGGGUGUCAGUGAAAUGGCAGACAUUGUGCAGCCUAGGACUCAACAGGAUGUUAGUAAAAUGGAGGAACUUGUGCAGCCAAGGACUCAACAACAGGAUGGCAUAGAAAAGCCAGAAAUGGUGGAGCCGGGUAGUCGACAGGGUGAUAGCGAAAAAUUGAUAGGGGAGUCAAGGCGUCAACAGUAUGAUAAAGAUGAAGAAUAUAAUGUUCCUAUUCCUGAAUCUACCCUGGAUCCACAGGAAAUGGAAGGCUUUUACCUCAGAAAUGAUGAACAAACGAGCACGCCUGCUAGUAAUGGCCACCAGCUAGAAUCCGUUAAUGACGGGAAUGUAUUUGAUGAAGUCGAAAGUGAAACGGAUAAUUAUAUGGAUGCCCUCAACACCAUUGAAUCAGAAUCUGAAAGUGACCUUGAUUGUCAGACGAAACGAGAAGUCGAGCCAUGCUCAUCCACUAUAAAGUGUGAAGUAGUAGAACCAGUGCAUGACGUCCUUGAAUUGAGUUUGGAUCCUGAUAUUUCGAUUCUUAACCCGAGUAAUGAGCCUCAAGGUAUGAUGUCCAGUCUGCCAAAUUUAGUUUCUUCAGAUAGUUUUUACCAUGAUCAAAGGCUCGAAAAUGCCGUGAAGGAUUCUAGCCUCGACGAUCCCCUAGUAACUAAUUUGCAUGACAAGGAAAGUUCCAUAUCAGAAUCUGAUAUCAGUGACUCCUUCCCUCCUGACUCCACUUCUAGUUUCGAGGAUCAGUCGGGAGUUAAAUUAUUGAACACGGUGCACGAAUCGCACGAAUCUGAAAAAGCUUCUUUCUCCAGCAAUCCGUUAGAUAAGUUCUGGACUAAUGGUGGCUUGCUUGGACUUCAGCCAUCAAAACCUCCUUCUUGGGCUGUAUCAAAUGCUUCUCGUGAGGACGCGAGUAAAGGCGAAAAACAUGGCCCUUCUCAUCAUGCGUUUUUGAUCAAUGGUAAUGCACAAGAAAUGAAAAUGGGUACUUUUCCCAAAGAUGCUAUUAACAAUGAGAAUGAUUCAACUUCUAAUAAGUCCUCAUUGCAUCACGAUGAUCAGAAAUACGAUACGUCUCGGGUAUUGUCAAGAGAUGAAGGUCUUGAUGUUAAUCAUUCAAGCAAUGGAUCUAAUUGUGUCCAUAUGAAUGAUAUGGCAAAAACCAUUAUGGAGAAAGAUGAAGAUUCCAAUCAGAAUUCUGGACUUAGCCAUCAAUUGCUUGUAAAUGGCUUUCAUAGAAAACUAACGCUAACACAAGAUGAAAGGUUUGAGACUACGUCUGGUCCAGAUUCAUGUCCUCCUUCACCCCCACUUGAUCACAUGAAAAUCUCUUUCCAUCCUGUUUCUGGUUUUGAAAUUUCAAAAUUGAAAUUGAGAUUUCCCGACGACAGUGAAGGCCGAGGAAGCACGAACGACAUAUUUCCAUCAUUUCAGUUGGCUCCCGUGGAGUCUAUUUCUGUGCAUGAGAUUGGCUCUGAGUCUGAUGACGACGACACAUUCUGUAGAUCAUCUCCAUGUAUGUCAGAUGAUUGUCUUAGUGAUCGCUCUAAGUCGAAUUCUGACCUGUGGGAAUCAGACGACGUUUCAGAAAGCACGUGCAAGAAUUCGUAUGAUUUACACAUAUCACAGAUGGCAUCAUCAUUUGAGGGAAUCACAAAAAGUGGGACUACUGUGGAUGGUGAAAGUGAAAAUUUGUACACUAGGAAGGGUAUGGAUGAAUCGUUUUCGGGUCCGUUACUUGAUCUUCCAUGUUUUGACAUUGUGAACACUGUAAUGAGUGAAAGAAUUGAUGAUAUUGAUGCAAUGAAUCUUCUUAAGCCGCAAUGUUCAGAUAAUCCUGCUCCGGCUGUGCCUCCUCUUCCUCCUGCACAAUGGUGUGUAUCAAAAACAUCCUUGAAUGUGUCUGAAGACCUGAAGGAUUUAUCUGCUCGGUCAGAACAGGUGGAACCAAUUGUCUUGCAGCAGCAAAUAACUCAUGAGCCCAUUGCAACCAAGCCAAAUGACAAUAAGCCAGAACAAGUGAUGGUGGAUGGUAAAAAAGAACUAAACCGCAUUGGAAAUGGGCAAGUGAUGGAUGCGAGGGAAGAUUUUCUGCAACAAAUUAGAGAAAAAUCAUUCAACCUAAGACCUACAAUGACUGAGAAGGCCAGUACUACAGCAGGACCUGCAACCCAUGUCAAAGUCACAGCAAUUUUGGAGAAAGCCAACGCGAUUCGCCAGGCUGUUGGAAGUGACAACGGCGAAGAUGACGAUUCUUGGAGUGAUGCCUGAUUGUAGAUAUGAAACCUAUGUUUCCCGGAGACAACUCUCAUAAAGAUGUUAAUAGUUGCAUAUGUAAUAAACUCAUGGUAUGUCUUGUGAAUAAGCUUCCUUUUUGACUUAUAUUACCUUAGAGAGAACCUGUCAAUUCCUUGUAAGCAUCGAGAAUUCUAAGUAUUAGGUUCUGGGAAAGAUAUGUUUCAUCAUACUUGCAGGCUGCAGCAAGCAAUAGAGUGCAUAAAAGAAAGCCUGAAAAUGGUUGUAAAUUCGAUUCUUUUAGCUUUU